UCUGAGUACAAGAUGGAGAUCUACUGGAGUUUAGAUCGUGGAAAAUGCAGUCAGACACGAAAUCCUUAAUAUCAGUCUUGCGUUAACUAAUUAAAAUGCAUUUAAUAGUGAGAUUAGUAUGGUACCAUGGAUAUACUUAGCUGAACAAAAGAAGAAUAAUGGCCAUUAAAGAAAAGCGAAACCUAAAAGUUACAUUCGUACUCACAGAGAUCAAUUUAGAAUAACAUGAAUUUUUUGGCCGUUAAGAUGGAAUCAACAGAAUUACCUCACGAUCUAGAAGCGCAGGAUGUUUUUGACAGCGACAAAGAACUCAUUGAUCUGUAUGUCAAAUUUAAUUAUGAAGAUCCGAAUACACAAAAGCAAGAAAAAGUGAGUGCAGUGAGUGGGCAUGUGUGCACACUGACAUUAACUACACUACUACAAGUAGGCAUAAGACUUCCGUGAAAUCUUGAAUGACCUUGUAGAAACAAUAUCCAUUCAUUUAUUAUGGAUAGCCAGAACUAUGUCCUGAAAAUUAAUGGCACUAUUUACCAACGUUGGUGUCGUCUCCAGUCAAUGCUUGGUCUUAGAGAUGACACAGCUGUUGCAGUUUUUCUUAUCGAGUGUUAUGAAAACUCCUUAUCCAAAAAGAUACCUGCACUGCAAUGCUCGUAUUGCAGAAGACCAUUGUCCUGCAACUCUUGUGCACCAUCAUCGCAGUAUAAUUCAUCUACAGACAGUGCUUUUUCCAACAAGAACAUAUAUUGCCUCAACAUUAUCAGCAUCAAGGCAUCAGUCCAUUUUCAUGGGGCUCUGGUCUAGAAUCCACAGAGAAAAAGCUGUAUUUUGGAUCACAGGUAUCAGAGAAAGGUGACUUAACAAAUAUUAAUCAGGCAUGCUCAGCAGACGUAGAAUCUACAAUGCAAGCAGUUCACAGCCAGCAAAGUGAAGUGACAGCAAAGACAGUAAGCACACAAAGACAAGACGAAAAAGAACUGAUUGUCAUAGAGAAAGGAAAUCAUACGGAAAUCCUCCAUGAGAAAAUGGUUAAGGAAGACUCUGCCUGUGUUAAUGGGGACACUCAAAAUCCCAGUCAAAACAGCUUGGAACAUUGUGAGGAGUCUUGUCAGUCUUCAGGGAUGAAGGAAAUGGCAGAGAUUAAUGAAAGUAAGCCAGGUUCCACAUCUCUUGUAAACGCAGGGUUGAAGUCAAAAGCAACAAGAGCUAUGGAGAAUUUUCUUUCCAACUCUAGCAGAAUAAGUUUCCAUAGACAAUUGGAUGGAUUAUCCUCAUUGCCUUUGGAGAAAUGUGGUGGUAAAAUGGCCAUGCAGGCUUCAAAAUCAUUUGAGUGUAGAGUCUGCUGGAAAAUCUUCUUUAAUUCCUCUGAGCAUCAUAUUCAUAUGCGAACUCACACUGGAGAGAAACGGAUCUGUAAAGAAUGUGGAGCAACUUUUGACAGUACUGGGCAUUUGACACGUCACAUGAGAAAGCACUCUGGGUUAAGACCAUUUAUUUGUCAGGAGUGCUUUGCAACUUUUGCAGACUCCAGCACUUUAAAGAAGCACAUGCUGACUCAUGCAACAAACAAAAUAUUCAAGUGCGAGAUUUGUCUGAUAGGUUUUUCUCGCUCUGACUCACUCAAAGUGCACAUGCGAGCCCACACAGGAGAAAAACCAUUUGUUUGUAGGACUUGUGAUGCAACUUUCUCAACUUCGAGUCAUUUGAAACUCCAUAUGCGUAAGCAUUCGGGUGCAAAGCCGUUCUUGUGUCAGAUGUGUGGUAAAGCUUUUGCAGAUUCUAGCAGCAUGCGCAGACACACUGUGAACCAGGCUUGCAGUAAAACAUUACAAUUAUCAAAGAAAGCAAUGUGGGCAAAUGAAGCUGGGCAAUGUGGACAUCCUUUAGGAGAUACAGCGCCUCCUGUAAAUAUCAGGAAGUCUUCAAAUGACAACCAGUCUGAUGAGGAUACUGAGGAAUAUGAUGUUGAAGAGGAGGCGCUCUUGACUAAAACAACCAGUGACAGCAAAAACAGCGAAGUGUCUUUGACGGUAUCACAGCCCUCUGUCCAAAGAGCCAACACCAUCCUUCCAAUGCAAGUCAUCAAGAAAAAGCAGACAAACCGGCUUGAAAAUAUCUUGUUCAGAUUAAAGCAGCCAGCACAAGCUGAUGACUCUUCAGCAGUGGUCAACAUGGUCUCAGGAUCAUCACCUGAAGAUAGUGAAGAUGACAAGAAAAAAAGCCAAGAUUUUAAGUUCAGCAUGCCUGAACUUCCAUCAUCGAUUGUUAAACAUACUUACACCCCUCAAAACAUGGAGAAGCGAGGAUUUAUUGUAGGCACACAGCGUCAUAGAUGUGAUAACUGCCACCGAGUCUUUACUUCUGUUGAGUCUUUGCAGCAGCACAAAUGCAGAAAAGGGUUAGUAACUCCAUUUGGAUGUGGUAAGUGUGGUAGGUGCUUUAAGCAGUUUACCAAUCUUAUUGAGCACUCAGUUAUUCAUAAUGGGGAUACACUGGAAGAACUUGAGUGUUAUGAAUGUGGAGAAAAGUUUAAGCUAUCAAUUGAUUUGAGGAAGCAUGUUAGUGUUCAUAUCAGCUUAGAAUUUAGAACCUAUUCUACAGCUCACACUUCAGGCAAACCUAAGAUAAAUGCAGGUGAUGAUUCUAAUGAUGGCAGUGACAUCAUUCACAAAAAGAGCCGCAAGCGAAAAAAGCCACCCGUCACAGAUGCAAACAGAUGCAAAGUGUGUAACAAAGUUUUUCCUCAUCGUAGCUAUUUGCAUGUACACAUGCAGGUACAUGAUGAGAAACGCUUUGCCUGUGACUACUGUGAAAAGAAAUUCACCUUCAAAAAGUCGCUGGAAAUUCAUUUGCGUAGUCACACAGGAGAAAAACCAUAUCAUUGUGAACUGUGUGACAGAUACUUUACUCGCCAGGAUGCCUUAAAUAAGCACCGGCGACUUCACCUGGGAGUCAAGCCAUAUGUUUGUGACAUUUGUGGCAGACAGUUUGGUGAUGGUUUUGAGUUGAGACGACACAUCAAUUCUCACUCAAAGCUAAAGCCAUACAAGUGUACGGUGUGCGAUAAGGCAUACACAGACAACUCCCGCCUGAAAGAGCACAUGUUUAGGCACUCGGGUAAUUUGCCAUUUAUAUGUGAAAGGUGUGGGAAAGGAUUUGCUAGGAAGUACCGGUACAACCUGCACAUGAGCCAUCACAUGGGGGAAGUAAGGUUUAGCUGUGAGAUUUGUGGCAAAGGGUUUCUACGUCGCUCAGAUUAUAAUACCCACAAGAUGACGCACACUUCAGACAGACCCUAUAAAUGCAAGCAUUGUGGAAUGGGCUUCAUUCGUGAUAAUUACCUCAAGAGACAUGAAGUUGUUCACUCAGGAGAAAAGCCCUACAAGUGUUCCAUUUGUGGCAAAAACUUUGCACGUAAGAACACAUUAACUCGACACAAGCUUACUCAUGGAAGAAAUCUGAUGGAACCAUCCAUGGUCAUUUUGGAUCAGACUAUGGACCUGAUGUUAAGGGAAUGAUGACUCCCUUGGAUGCCAGUGAUGGAGAAGAGCGCGAUAUUCUGAAGGAUAUCCAAGCAGUCAUUGGUGUCAGUGUGGCUGGGAUAUUUGAAUAACAUUUUACAAUCAGUUUACUUAGUGCAGGGGUGAACAAAGUUUUAUUAUUCUAAGCUAUGUGCCGGGCCGGUAAAAUACCAAAACCCCACGCCAGAUGACUACACAGCUAACCUAGUGAUAAUGGAAUGGACAACAAAUACUUCAAAUUAACCUAGGCUGAAUAAACAAAAAAAUUAAAACAAGUGCACUUCAUAUUUUUGCAAAGACGGUCCAAAGACAUCCGUGGGCUGCACUUUGCCCUCCCCUUAAUGGAACCUACCAGAACCUUAGUGAGAUUAUAGUCUGUUUGCAUGAUAUCUCAAGUCAAAGACAACAGGUUAAUGGAAUUACCAUUGUUUUUAUUUCUGGAAAAGUUCUCUGUAACACUUGUACAGUAGUUUAUUUUAAAUAGUACCUUUACAUCUUGAAGCUAACAUCAUUUUGUUGUAUCGUAUUUCAUAUUUUGGGUCCCCACAAAUGUGAAUAUCUUGAGCAGUAUAUGCUUGACUUGCAGACAAAUUUGAAAUGUAAACUUUUGGCUGUUUCAAAUAUUUAAGAAGUCCUUUUAUAUUACUGAUUCUAUGAAAAGAGUGCUAACCUAAUCAGUGUUUUAACAGAGGUGCAUGGUUGCACUCACAGCAGUCAUAGUCAAAGAGUACAAUGCAGUUUUGGAGAUAUUGUGCCUAUUCUGCUGAAGUACACCAUUUUUUUAAGGAAAAAAAAUGCAUGCUCAGAUAGGACAGUGCUGUUUACCCUGAAAUGAAAGUAUUGAAGUUGAUUACAGAUUUAGUAUGGAAAGUGCAAACUUUUUUUUUUAGGAAGCUCCUCUUUUACCUACCCAGCCUACUGGCCCUUAUCUGUUGUAUUCAGGAAACAAGCAACAUAUAUAAAAUAUAAGAUUUGGGAGUAUC